AUGACCGGACGUAAAAGAAACAACCCCGAUAAAGAUGACGAAUAUAUCAUGAAGCGCCAAAAAAAUAAUGAGGCCGUAAACAGAACUAGACAAAAGAAACGCCAGGAGGAGACGAAUACCACGCAACGCGUUGAGGAACUCCGUAAAGAAAACGCUGAACUCGAGAGAAAAGUGGAGAGCUUGCAGAAUGAGCUGAAGUUUUUGAAAGAGAUGUUUGUUGCGUACGCGGCGGGGAAUAAACGCAAGAACAGCGAGGCUGAGGCUACUGGAGCACCGGGGCCAAGCCGGAAGAAA